AAAUAAAGUCUUAGGUAAACUCUGUGUCAAAAUUCAGUACAUCAUUUAGUAAGCUGCACUUUCAAACUUCAAAAGUCGUGUUGGAAUCAGAGUUGUACAACAUUCGAUUUUAAAAAUAUUCGAUUUACGUGUUUAUAUACACCGUCAUACAAUGAAGUUCAAUGGCUUGCGUCUUUUAUCUAUGUUGCUAGUUAGUUCUUUGAAUGUCGUUUCGGGACAUGAAUGUCUUAAUUUAAAACCUAUGGAAGGUUUCGAAAUGGAAAAGUUUUUAGGACCAUGGAACGUCAUAAAAACGACGUUACCACUAACUCGAUGUUUAGUGUUUGAUAUUUACACACAAAAAAUCGAAAAUAUAGUAGAUCACGCAGCUCAAUCAAAUUUCGACUAUUUAUUUGGAUCAUUGGAAGCCAAUACAAGUUUAUCAUCACAAUUGAUUUUUACUGAUCUUGAAGUUGAUUAUUCAACUAAUCCUGAAAAGAAAAAACCGUCUUUUAUUGUGUUCGACACUAACUAUGAAUCCUAUGCGGGUGUAUACAUAUGCUCAAAAAAGCCCACUGGCUUCCAGCAUUAUAUAGCCAUUAUGUCCAGAUCAUUGAACUUUGACAAAGAAAUCAUAAAUAAAUUGAUGGUAAGUAUAUUUUGGGGCCACAAUUCACCAGCUGAUCUUAAAUUAAAAAACGUUGACCACACGGACUGUAACUAUGAGAAUAUUAAUGAUAAUAGUAAUGAUCAGAAUGUCAUCGAAGAUGGGAUAGUUUACAUAUCUAUCAAAUGGAUUCCACAUGUUGAACCUGCACCUUAAGGAUGCGUUUAAGUUUAUUUAAAUACGAAUAAAUUCUAAAGAUUUAUAAUACGACAACGUACAACCAAUCCAUUACAAUUAUAUUGUUGAAUAUAAUCUAUUAAAAGUGUUAUCAUAAAACCUUUUACCAAUGUUCAUAAAUACUAUUUAAUUCAAAAUCAGCGAUAAAAUCUUAUCUACAAAAAUGUUAAAUUCCUAAGCCUAUUUGUUUAAUUGUUGAUCUUUAUCUUGGUAAAAAUAUAUAUGU